ACGUCACGUGACUCGAUUCGCGACGCGGAGGCCAACACGCCGCACGUCUGAGCACACACCGAGGAGCGGAGCCGCGCGAGAGGCACGCACGUGCUGGAACAAAAUGUCUGCAUUAUUUGCUGCCAUCUUCUUGCUUGGCCUGUGCCUGGCCAACGCCGUCAACUUGACAACCGUCUACGAGUGGGACAAAUUCGAUUUCAUCUCGAAUGGACAGAUUAAACAAAUUUUUGAUCCGAAGAAUGUUUAUUUCCGAUACAUGGCUGUUUUUGGAGAAAGACUGUUUCUAAGCCUUGAUCGGGAAUACGGAAUUCCCGCCACUUUGGUGUGGCUGCCAACGUGCGGUUCGACAACUGCAUCUCCAAAGCUUUCUCCUUUCCCAUCCUGGGAUUUACAUAAAAAAGACGACUGCGACACUAUUCAGUUUGCCAAAGGAAUGGAAAUGGACCCUGACGGUCGGUUGUGGGUGCUUGAUCAAGGUAGCAGCAAAUGUUCGAGCAAAAUUUGGAUAUUCGACCUGAUCAACAGCGACAAAACCGAGAUUGUUCACCAGUUCCCGGACACAGUCGUCUCUCCUUCAUUUGAUAAAAGAGAGCUGCAAGAUGUCGUGCUGGAAAAAACGCCAGAUGAUUACCUUGCGUACAUCGCGGACUCAAAAUAUGAGCACAUCGUCGUUUACAGCCGAAAAAUGGACAAAUCCUGGUCAGUUAAAACACCAGGGAAGUGGGUUUCCUUGGCCCUGUCUCCUAAGAGGGAAGCAAGACAGUUGUACCUUGGAAGUCGUUUUUCCAGUCAACUGUUUUCGGUUUCUUUGUCUGAGAUGAAGAAUGAAGGUGGAAGCGCUGGCGUGUAUUACAUCGGCGAAUGGACUGAAUUCUAUUACAGAAUGUUAAUGGACAGCGCCAAUGUCUUGUAUGCUGCCUUUUACAACCAGAAUUACGUCUCCAAGUGGAAUAUUUCGGAGCCCUUUCGUGAGCAGCGGCUUCUUGAGGUCGGAGAGCGGGAAGCUACAUGGUCGUUUACUUUUGCCUUGGACACGAGUGGCAAUUUAUGGAUUACGAAUAGAAAUGAAACUAGGGUUGGAAAUAAGACUAGGCAUCAACUACUCAAGGCUGCAGUCGGCGCCAGAUCGUAUUUAUUCAGCCCUUCCACAGCUUUGACUACGAGUGGAAAGACGUCGGAUGUCGUGGAAUGCUCGCAGACAAUUGUGAUUUGGUUGCUGGUGUGCUGCUUGGUCGUGUGCGGCGCUGUCAUUGCGUGGCUGACCCUGAGGAUGAGAAGAAUGCAAACCUCUUUCAGGCAGAUUCCGAAGGACAAUCGUGAACUAAUGCCUAUCAGUGGCGAAACUCGGAAUAAUUAGUGUUCAACUUAUAUUUUUUUCUCAUUUAGCAUUAAAAUCCCUCAAAAACAGAGGUUAAUUAGUAUAAAAUAAUGUUUGUUGCAUUUUAAUAAUUAAAUGGGUACUUAAAAAUAUAACAAAGCGGAAGAUAUCGGCUAUUUUGACAGAGAAUAAUACUUUAUUUGAAAGAAAGUUUUGUCGU